AUGGCCUCCGGCAAGUCUUGCAUGGCCUCCGGCAGGCCCUUCCUUGCCUACGACUGGCUCCGUCUGGCUGCUGGCAGUCCUUGUCUGGCCGCCGGCAGGCCGCUGCCUGGCCGGCGUGUGGCUGCCCGCUGCCUUGCGAUGGCUGGACGACGUCAUCAGAGGUCACAUUUCAUAAAUUUCCCCUCCACCCUUUUCCAUAAUAUUUACAUAAAAAUGCAUAUAUUUCGACGUGGUGGACGUAGACGGCGACCACAGGACCAGACACAUCCAUCACCUGCCAGUGAACCUAUGCCACCCCCUACUCAGGCAGGCUCAUCCCAUGUGUCUUCUCCACCGGCAUCAUAUUCCCCUGCCAGUGUACCUAUGCCACCCCUUCAUCAGCCGGGCCCAUCUCAUGUACCUUCUGCACCGGUUUCAUAUUCGCCGCCACAAGAACCAUACCCAGAGCAGUUACCUGUCCACUCAGAUCCUCCUGACUCAACAAGAAACUCAUUUGCUAAGUUUAGGAAUGAUAGAGCUCCUUUAGUCCCCAUUGGUGAUUCGUAA